AUGCCUUUUGAUAAAGAGAAAGAAAACAAAAGAAUGUUAAAUGUCAUUGGUGAAAGUGACUACGCUGUUUUUAAAAAAGCAAAGAUUUCUUUCAAUGUCUCUUAUGGUACGGGCACCACCUCUGUAACUGUUCGGAAAGGGAGUGCGACAGUUGAUAGUUUAAAGAAACGCGAAUUUGAACAAGAAAUAGAAAAGGUGCAAGAAACGAAAAGCCAAAUUCAUCGAUCAUCAUCUCCGCCAAUCCCACAAAAAUUCUCAUUCACAGCAUCGGAGCAAGGUUCAUACGUUGAACCAAUACUUCAUCAUUCUGAAAGAGUGCUCUUCAAAUUUAUUACAAGACAUGAAAAAUACAUCCCUUUAAUAACCGUAAAAGAUUUGUUAUGA